UAAUGCGGCUGUCGAAUUGUCAAAAAUUCUUCGCGGGUAAAUUUUUGCUCGUUUGCAUCAAAUGAACGUUAAAUGUGAUUUUUUUACGUAAAAAUUGUAGUUUUGUCAAUCCUAAACGCUAAUACCAGUCAACUUUGAAAUCACUGCCAUUUGCGAUAAUUUUUUUGUGAAAAUUCGCCUUAACCUCAAUUUUUUUUGUUGAUUGUAAAAUGGCAAAAGUGCAGCUUUGUAACAUAACAGUAAUGGACAACCCGAGUCCUUUUUCGAACCCUUUCCAAUUCGAAAUCACUUUCGAGUGCAUCGAGGAGCUCAAAGAAGAUUUAGAAUGGAAGAUGAUUUACGUCGGCUCUGCUGAAAGCGAAGAAUACGACCAAAUCCUCGACUCGGUGAUGGUGGGCCCCAUUCCUGAGGGUAAACACAUGUUCGUGUUCCAAGCGGACCCCCCAAACGUCGCCCGAAUUCCCGAAAACGACGCUAUUGGGGUCACUGUGGUGCUCCUGACUUGUUCCUACCGCUCCCAGGAGUUUAUCCGCGUCGGUUAUUUCAUAAAUAACGAAUAUACGGAUCAGGAAUUGAGGGAGAACCCCCCGAGCCCCCCACAAUUUGACAAAGUCGUCCGAAACAUACUAGCGUCAGAGCCUCGUGUGACCCGAUUUAAAAUCAAUUGGGAGGAGCCCAAUGCUCAAGAAAAUGGGGCUCCAGCGGCCGAGCCUCAGACAGCCCUCGCCGAGCCGGAGCCCCGUGCCGAAAUGCCCGCUUUCAACGAGAAUUCCAACUCGUGGGCCGCAAUGGAGUGCUCGUAGUAUUUUUUUUUGUAAAUAUUAAGUCUAGGGUAUUUUUGUAUUUAUUAUUGAGAAUAAAUUUUGUAUUUGGCACUUG